CAUGAUGACUCCAUACAGUUAACGUCGAAGACUAAAUAUUUUUUGUUUGUUUUUUAUUCGAUUCGUAUUUUUUAAUAUGACAGCAAAAGUAACAAGUAAGAAAUGGAUUAGCGAAGAAACGAUUGAUGAAGAAGAAUUGUUCAGCCAUUGUAGAGAAAUGGAGAUUGUUUGUUAUGCUAUAACGAAAGUAGUUACGGAGGCUGACAAUAAAUGGAAAAAUUGUGCCGGAAAAAAUAACAGUAACUCGUUAACCAGUCGCAGUUACAUUAUGGAGCUAGUCAGCAUACAGGUUUUAGAUCAAAUAAUAGAAUAUUUAUUGAAAGUGGUGAAAUCGUUUUACAAACUAAAUCCAAAACUAGCUAGAUUGAAAAAAGAAAACGGUCUUGUUAUGAGCAAACAUGAUCAUGUAUUCGACAUGUUGUGCGCUAGAAGAUUUAUAAUGUUACAAUCGAUACAUAAUCUCAUUACAACGAUCUUAUCAACUUGCCUGCAUAGAGAAGACUCGAGGAAAAUGAUCGAAUCUUGUUUAAGUUUAGUUGGUAUAUAUAAUAACCUAAUCGGCUUGAGCUGUAAGAAAUUUAGUGCUAAGUUUAACAUCUGCAGUAAUACAUACCCUAAUAUCAUUAGUGAAACGAAGCCCUUGACAUUGACUAAAAUUGUACAGGUUCUAGCAAAAAGUCGAACAGAAGUAAAUUGUCACCGUCUCAUAAAUUGUUUGGUCAUGAUGUUUAAGCCCGAAGACCACGGCGAAUGUGAUUCUAGCUCAAAUACGGAUAGCUUAGAAAUAUAUCAUACCCUAACAAAACACAUAACCCCACCAAAUUCAACAACAUCCCGCCGUCUCAGUUUGACAAAGCGUCGUCAAACUUUUAUAGAUAACAGAAAGGCAAAAAUGAAGCAAGCUCAAAGUCUGGUCGAUAUAAAGAACGGUCAUAAGAAACUAAUGGAUGUGCUAAAUCCACAAAACUCAGAUGCCGAAGUACCUUACACUUCACUUCUCGACAACGAGUGUAUCCUAGACAAUGUUUUUAAUAAUGAUGAAAAUGUCAAUGGAAUUCUCCAAAGUGAAGAAAUAUAUAUUGAAAUUCUUCUAGACACUGUUUCUAAUAUAUCACCACUCUUGUUGGGACCAAAGGGCAUCAAGAAACUUAAGUCAGGUAGAAUUCAAGCUAGUAAGAAAUCCGCACAGAAAGUAACAGAAUAUUACCAAAACUUACUUUGGGGCGAUGUCGGCAGUUGUUUAGAACAUAUCGUUCUUUGGUGGUGUGCGUUCCCUUUGGCUACAAGGUCACCUAAAACUAGUCAAAGCUUACGCGAGUGGUUGUUCUCUACGUUCAAUGACAAUAAUACUCCGGAUUUAAUACUGUCGUCAUUGAGGAUAUUGGCAGAUGCUUUAGGAUGUCAUGUCACUUCUACUUCUUGGGAUAAACAUUUCGGGGCAACAUUAACGACAAAUUUGAAACCAACAUCUCUAAAGGAUUCAGAUCUAUCAGUUUACGUGACCGAAGCGACAGUAUCAGGCGCUAAUUUCGCGUUAAUGCUACAAGAUUUGGUAACGCUGAACAAUCAUUGUGAAGUCACGUGGGAUUAUAUUAUGGGAGCACCUCUAGAGGAUUUGCCAAUUGUGGAACAAAUACCAAUAUUACAUAGACUCGACCACUCGGUGCACACGUGCCGGCUGUGGUGCUGUGCCCAGGCACGGCAGCUGGCGGCGCAGUGGCGCGUCGACGACUUUUUCCGCGUCGUGCAGCGCGACCUACGCGCCUGCCUCGAGCAGCUCACACAGCUACGAUUCGCUGACCACACCGCCGCUAUUGAGUCUGGAAACAUUGGCGUUCACGAAAAUGUUUGCGCAAAAAUGAGAGAAAAGUUAGUGUCCGAAGUGAAAGCCAACAUUCAGAAGUUGAAGGAGGCAACAGAUGAAAUAACUGCUGUACUGUCGUCAGUGUGCGCAACAAUAAGCUUGGCUCAUCUCACUAUGAUAUUUCCAACUAAUGCGGAGUGGAGGAAGAUAACUCAACCAGACAUGACACAUUCUCUAUAUGUGCAUGAAUUUUUAGAUAAAAUGCUGUUACCCGUGAUUCAGGCGACGAGUGAUGUGACAACUCUUAAUAUGGUGCUGCGGAUAAUGUGCGAGUCGUGGCUGCAUCACAUAUACGUGGCGAAAGUUAAGUUUACGAAAGAAGCAGCAUUACAAUUAUUGGCCGAUUUCAAUGAAGUUCGUAAUUGGUUAAAUGAAUGUAAAGCGCUUUCAGCCCCAGCAAAGAAACAAAUGUUACAAAACGAAGUUUUGAGACGUUGUGAAGGAGUGGGAAGGUUGCUAUUGCACGCUCCAGGCGAUCUCAUCUCAAUGCAUGAUUCUACGAUGCAGUCUGCGAAAAUUAGAAAGGAUGAUAACGAUUCGCCUGAGCAAUUGAUGCCUGCAGAAAUGUACGUCCCUAACCAGAAGCAGUGGCUGACAUUACGCGCCAACAAACUUAAAGGACCGGUCGUCUUCACGCUCUGUUGUCACUAACUUUCCAAUAUUCAAUAAAAGAAAAUGAAUAAACUAAUUUCUUUAUAUAA